UUCAACAAGUUCGACAAAGACGGAUGCUCAAGUAGGUAAGGACUCAAAAUUAACUUACUGGACAUUUGUCAUCUAUUUGAGAGCUGGAGUCAUGUUAGGACGAAGUUAACACGGGUCGUUUCAACUGUUAGCCGUAUUUACUAGUUGCAUGCCAGAAAAGUCUGAGCUUCGUGAGAGCACAUGAACGCACCCUGACUUCCCGGCUGGUCAGUCAGCUCCUCUGUUGUAAACAGACGGCGUCCCGAGACGGAGCUCAACUCCGGGUGGAUCCGACCAGAACCCGGGCAAACUCCGCAAAGCACGAUGCACUGAGACGAGUGAGCAUCGUCUCACUUUUGGGGUUCAAAUAGGAGGAACCACAACCACUGUAUUCUCUUCACAAGUCACACAACAAGGUCCUUCACGAUGGCCACCUUCGACAGUGACAUUACUACCUUCGGCCCAGAGCUGCCAGCCAUGUUUGAUGGCAUGAAGCUGGCAGCAGUGGCAACUGUUCUCUACAUCAUUGUCCGCUGUCUGAACCUGAAGAGUACCACAGCACCACCAGAGAUCACCUACCAGGACACUCCACUCAGCCGAUACCUGCUCAAAUCCUGCCCGAUGCUGACCAAAGAAUACAUUCCUCCCUUGCUGUGGGGUAAGAGUGGCCAUCUGCAGACAGCCCUGUAUGGCAAGAUGGGACGUGUCAACACCCCAACGCCCUGCGGGGUCCGCAAGUUCCUCCCAAUGCAGGAUGGUGCCACAGCGACCUUUGACCUCUUUGAGGCACUUGGAGACCACAGCACAGGAGAUGACGUUACCAUGGUGAUUUGCCCUGGGAUCGGUAACCAUAGCGAGAAGAACUACAUUCGGACCUUUGUGGAUCACUCCCAGCGGCAAGGUUACCGCUGUGCCGUCCUCAACCACCUGGGAGCCCUGCCCAACGUGGAUCUCACCUCGCCGCGCAUGUUCACCUACGGUUGUACCUGGGAAUAUGCAGCCAUGGUGGGCUACAUCAAGCGAGCUUUUCCCCAGACACUGCUGGUGGUUGUGGGCUUCAGUCUGGGUGGAAACAUUGUGUGUAAGUUCCUGGGUGAGAACAGAUCGAACCAGGACCGAGUGAUCUGCUGUGUCAGCGUCUGUCAGGGUUACAGUGCCCUCAGGGCUCAGGAAACAUUCCUUCAAUGGGAUCAGUGCCGGAGACUCUACAACUUUGUGCUAGCAGACAACAUGAGGAAGCUCAUCCUGUCACACAGGAGCAGUUUGCUCAACAUGACCUCCAGCAACAUCGGCGACGCAGACAUGAGCAGACUGUACGCAGCCACGUCUCUGAUGCAGAUCGAUGACAGCAUCAUGAGAAAAUUUCACGGCUACAGCUCGUUGAAGGAGUACUAUGAGAAGGAGAGCUGUGUGCACUACAUCCACAACGUCACCGUGCCUCUCCUCCUGGUAAACUCCUCAGACGAUCCGCUAGUUCAUCAGUCACUACUUGAUAUUCCACGCACACUGGCAGAAAAGAUGCCUGAUGUGAUAUUUGCCCUGACCCACCACGGAGGCCACCUGGGCUUCUUUGAGGGAGCCGUGCUGUUCCCUCAGCCCCUCACCUGGAUGGACAAGGUCAUAGUCGAGUACACAGACGCCAUCUGCCACUGGGAGAAGGGACGGCCAGCCUGCCAGAAGAGCAGCCGCCAGCACAUGAACUCCUUCCUACAGAACACAGGGGUAACACUAAGUGGGUAACACAUACGGAUGUCUGGAGACGAAACAACAGACCAAAACUACAAAAACACACAUGCACCAACUCAGCCUUCUGCACUAAUGGCCUUAGAGUUAAAUAAGUAAUUCUGGUAAAUGUAGGAAAUCAUUACUUGGAUUCAAAAAAGCAGGCUGAGUAGUAGCAGGUACACCAAGUUGUAAAUUGAAACUCACAUAAGAUAAUAAUACUGGAAAAUGUAAUGUGGCCCCACAGUGAAUUGUUCCUUCCUCUUGUUCUCAGUUAACGCGUAACACAAGUUCACGCUCUGCUGGUUUUUGGCAGCUGCUGCUUCUUUAGUCUGGACAGCAGAGAGAUGAAAUAUUCAUAAAAAAAGUGUAAAAUGAUCUUCUCACUAAUGUGUGAAGGACACAUCAUCUGCAGCCUUAAAACUUUCACUGUAAUAUACUUUAAAAUAUACUUGAUGACCCACAUUGGUUAUAUUUUGAGGUACGCUAUUUUGAAAAUCUUUCAGGAUUGUACUUGACCAUAUUUAAGUGCCUUAAUAUGAAUGUGAAUCUGUAGCAGAUUUGGUUUCUGGCUCCUCGUGAAUCAUUGACGAGCAGCAGUAUGACAUGAUUUAUGGUUUACAGUGAUGAUUUCCAGCUUAACAUAUCAUCUGAACUAAUUUCCUUCAUGUUAUAUAAUAUGAUCUUGUUUGUUCCCAUUAGGAGAAUUUUUCUGUUUCAUUGCAGGACAAAUGUGUUGAAUAACAGUAACUUUGGAUUAUUUAUAUAUAUAUAUAUACAUUGUGGCAUCAUUUUAACACCACUCCAGUUUUUCACUUUUUCAUUGUGUGCGGUGGACCAUCAGCCUGCAUUGUUGCUGCUGACCUUCAAAAUAAAAGAAUUGGGGGGUGUCAGGAUUUAAAAACGGUUCAAAAGUUCUAAAAGCACAGACAUACAGACGGGGUUAUUUGUGAUUUAAUGAUGUUUUUCUAACAGUCCUUUCUGUGUCAUUGAAUAGGCAGAUCAUACAAACAUUGUACUCUUCAAGGUCAGCUUGUUCUAUUCCAUCGAUUGUUCCACAGUACCUUUAAAACUAGCAGAUAACAGCAGUUAUUACUGUGAUGCAUGAGGAGUUUCGGGCAGUUUAAUUUCCCUGAAUGCUGCUUCUAACUCUGAUUAUUACCACAGAAAAGAUCAUUUGAGAAUUUUACAAGGCAGAAAUAUACAUGACUGUUGAGGACGGAGCUGGGUCAAACUGUGUUUACAGAAAGGAGAGAAGAAAGUGCAAAUGGGACACAAACAGUAAGCGUAUUAAAAAAGAAAUCCAAUUGGGGAACUCUCAAUUUGUGCACUUACCAAACAAAUGGACCAAAGCACAUUUCACUUUCAAGAAAAAAAAGUAGCUCAUCGUGUACUUUUUAAUGAUCCUGCUGCUUUUUGGCCACAUGUAACCUAAAAAAGGCUUUGCCUCAAAUAUAGUACAAUUACCUGACUUUGAACAAGGUCUAAUUGAUAUGUUUCAUAAGUGACCAUGGGGUUUUUUUGGGGGGGGGUUGCUUUAAGCUGCUUAUUGCUACAUACGUAUAAGUACGGGUGGAGUUUGCCACGUAAAACACAUAAAUGAACACAGGGGUGAAGACAGUGAAACUUUUUUUUUGUUACAUUAAAACACAGAAGACAUGAAAACUACCACACAUCAUCUGUUUUCUCAUAUACCAGUAUACUUCCAUGAGAUAUGUACCACAGACAAUAUCAGAGGUGACAUGCAGACGUUGUUUUCUGUGUUUCAUUCGAGGCCUUUUUUCUGCUUUGAGGAGUGCCUGUGCUGCAAUGUGUGAUCUUAAUCAUAGUUUCCUGUGAGUAACAUCCUGUAAAUGCAGAGGACUCCACCCAAGUCGACGCUUGUCUUAUUAAUUAGAUUUAACAUAACUAAAUUCUCUCUCUGCCCUUUAAAAGCCGAAUACAACCUGCAACAACACAGUUACUGUGUCUGUAUGUGCAAUAUGUCCUGACUGUCAGGACUGUUUUGCCUGCACUUUAUUGUAUUUACAGUUCCUGUUGUUCUGUAUUGCACUAUAGUUUGUAUCAGCAUAUGGGUGUAACAUUUCUAAUCGAAUCAUUGUUCUGAUGUUGCGCACAGCUAUGGCGAUUAGUCAUAUUUGAACUCACCGAUUAAUAAAUAUUUUUCACAUAGA